AUGGGUUCCACCGAUAAGAUCAAGGAGAAGAAGGACAAGUCCGAGAAGAAGGACAAGAAGGAGAAGAAGGCUCUGACCGAGGACGCCGGCGUCAAGAAGGAGAAGAAGUCGGACAAGAAGGAGAAGAAGGAGAAGACCGAGAAGCUCGCCAAGGCCGUCGAAGCCCACCUCGAGAAGGAGGGUUCCGUCGACCCUGAGGAUGUUGUCAAGACCGCCGAGGAGCUCGUUCCCUUUGCCCUUCCCCUCGCCGACGACAAGACCCACAAGAAGAUUUACAAGCUCAUCAAGAAGGGCGCCAAGCUCAAGUCCAUCCACCGUGGCGUAAAAGAGUGCGAGAAGGCCAUCAAGAAGUGCCCCCUCCGGACCGCUGCCUCCCCUCCCGCCGACGCUCCCGGCCUCGUCAUCAUUGCCGGCGACAUCUCGCCCAUGGACGUGAUCAUGCACUUCCCCAUCCUGUGCGAGGAGCACGGCGUCCCCUACCUGUACAUCCGCUCGCGCGCCGACCUUGGUGUCGCCGCCUGCACCAAGCGCGCCACCUCGGUGGUCAUGCUCAAGCCCGAGGGCAAGAAGUCUUCCGGCAAGGAGUCUGCCAAGGGUGAUGCCGAUGACAAGAAGGUCGACCCCGCCGAGUACCUCGAGGCCUACAAGGAGCUCGUCAAGACGGCGCAAAAACAGUGGAACGUCCAGGUCGAGCCUUGGGUCAAGGGUACCCACCAGCUCCAGAUCGAGGCGCGCGUCAACAAGGCCUAA